AUGGCUACCGUUAUCCCAGUACAGAUAUCUGAAAAGUCAAUCUUAGCCGACGAUGCCGAACUUGGACCCAGUGAAGAGAGAAUAGCAGAAGCAGUUCCUCAGCUAGGCAAUCCCGAGGUCACAAAGCUAUGGUUUCAGAAGGCGAAACAGCAUAACCUCGACGAUGUUGCGACUCAGCCGAGCGUCUACGACAACCCCGAUGUGGCACUUCAGUAUAAGCCUCGUGAUGAUUGGGAAAACUUACAUCGGUUUGAUACGAGAGCAAGAUGGACUUGGAGAGAAGAAAAUAAAGUCGUCCGGAAGAUUGACUGGCGCAUUAUGACCUGGACAGCAAUAAUGUUCACGGCCAUGGAAUUAGAUAGGGCUAACCUGGCGCAAUCCCUAACCGACAACUUCCUAGAUGAUCUCAACCUAAGCACAAACGACUACAACUUGGGAAAUACCCUAUACGCGCUGUUCUUUCUAGCUGGAGAAUUCCCUGCACAACUCCUAGCGAAAUGGCUUGGACCUGAUCGAUGGGUUCCAUCCCAAAUUGUACUCUUUUCGGUUGUAUCUGCAUCUCAGUUCGCCCUUAACGGCCGCGCAUCUUUUCUUACGUGCCGCGCUCUAUUGGCUCUUCUACAAGGAGGGUUUAUCCCGGAGGUAUGUUACCGCCUGUUUGAGAGCUAUGUACUUCAACUAAAGAACAUCGGCGAGUAG